CCAAUACAAAGAUGAAUAUCAUUCGUUCAUGCAUUUCAUUCUUCUUCUUGACAUUCAUGCAUUCCCUCUGCCUUUUUCUAUUCCAACACAUUUGGACGCUGUGCUGUCUAAGUAACUAACAACACCACAGAAUGCACCAGUAGCCCAAAAACUUUGAUCCUUUGAAGUCAAACAGAAAUUGACACACACAGUGACAACUCACUCCAGUGGUAGCUGUUACUGUUAUCACUGUUCAAACUAAGAAUUAAGUUAACAGGAUGGAAAGCAAAUGACAUCAAGGGGUUAAGUGUUACAACACUGUUCUGUUCUGGAUAAUUCUACCGUCUUUUGUACCUUUUGUCAUGUUGCCACCGUUCAGUUAAAACAACGUCAAACAACUCUCUGUCGAAUUAUGUCGUUUUGAAAGUGGUUAUGAAAUUCAAAAGAAUGAUGAGCUAAGACUGUAGCGUUAUGGAUGCCACAGCAACAGGGAAUAUAAUAAUUUCCAGCUGCCCCUUAACACAACUAUGGACUUGUGGAUUUCUAAAAUGACACACUGGGCUUACUCCACUGCUGUUUCAUGAUGUAUUGAUUUGUACAGCAAAUGUGAAGCCAUUGCUUGAUCAUCUGGUCCAGGAUGCUGAACAUAAACAUUAGACCCACAGUGUGUACAAUAAAUGUAAAGGGCAAUAACGUGAAUCAGAGGAUCUGGGGUGAGGACGAGGACAACAGUGAAUCCUGUGAUAAGGAGCCUGUCAAACAUUCAUGUAAGGAGAGUCUAAAGGCAGACAGAGACCAGAGGAUAACUCUGUCCAUGACACCCCACAGUUCCUCUAUAGACACUCAUACUCCCGAUGAGCUAAGAGACAUUUCUCUGAUAUGCAGUCCAGAAGAUGCGCCUGCUGCUGCUCACUCACAAGCAGUUACUUUGUACAGAAGACGAGUGUCUAAUCUGCCUAUCUUCAUUACCAAAUCGACAGAUAAAGUCAAAAUGGUAGCUGAUGGGUUAAGGCUGCAGACGGCGAAGGACAAAGUCGAGGCUCUCCUAGAGACACUGAAGACAUUUCCAAUGAACUGCCAUUCUUUACGCUGUGCCCAAGUGACCGCAGAACAAAAUUCUGUGGUGUUGCCUUUGCAUCCAACCCCAUCAGAUGUUUACCAAACAAAGUCAUUAGUGCAGCGUAACGGAAGCCAAUCCAGCCAAUCAAAGACGAGCAAAAGUCAUCCCAGAACAUUACAGAACAUGAAAAACACUGUUAACGGAACAGGUAAACCGACAGUAAGGGACUGCAAGUACAAAAUUAUGACUGAUAAAAAUGAUAAACUUCAACCACUGGGGAAUCCUGUCGAGAGUUUGACCCUCUGUCUGCAGCAACUCUCCUCAGAUAACUGGAAGAAAAAGGUAAUUGGGUUGCAAACCAUUCAAGCUCUGGCUCAGAAUCAUCCAAAAGUUCUGAAAACCAAACUCCACCAAGUCUGUUUAAUACUCACUGAGGAGGUGAAAAACUUGCGCUCGGCAGUGGCCUGUGCAGCCAUCGACACUCUAGGUGACCUUUUCCUUCAUCUUCAGAAUGCCAUGGAUCCAGAAGUAGAGGGCACCAGCCAGGCCCUUUUGUUUACUUUGGCAAAAAACAAAGCAUCUUUCAGUAAUAAACAUGCCAAUCUGGCCCUGGGUGCUAUGGUGCAAAAUUGCAGCUAUACGCGAACAGUGAGUGCUCUGCUCCACAAGGGGUUGAGACACCCUCAUGCUGCUGUACGUGCAAGCACCGCUCAGCACCUUCAUCAGGUGGCGGACAAACUGGGAGCAGCUCGAAUUUUGACAUCAGGAAAGUGUCUAACUGAGCUCUUUCUCACUGCUGUCUCCAACAUGUCCAUGGAUGCAUCACAAGAAGUGAGGCACCACGGACAACUAAUGCUCCAACAAUUUACACAAAAUAAGGAUUUUCUGAGACUGUCAGCGCAAAAACAGAGACUAAAACCCUUCUUAUAUGCAUGACAACAAAACAAGCUCUCUGUGAAAAAGAGUCUGUCUGGUAGAACCUUAGAACUGUUAGUGGAGAGUGCAACAAACAUGUUUUUCCCAUAAGGAUGUUGACCCAAUGUUAAGAAAAGUAAAAGGUAAUGACAGUAUCUAAAGUCAAAACGAAUUCAAAGUAUUUGUUAAAUAAACAAAUAAAAUCCCAAGAGUCUAUUUACACCUGCUUUCUCUAUUUAGGUUUCAAUGACCUUGUUCUGAACCAUUGUCAAGUCAGCAGUCUGUUCUGUGAUUGUGUGUAUUGAACCAAACUAAGAAAACAUUAAGAAAAUUUGUAUUUGUUUGAGUCGUUUGUCGAGUUAUGGCUUAAAUAUGUCUGUAGAACAUUAAUAAAAUGUAUGAAAAUAAAAUUAAUAUCAAUGAAUCUGUACAGAACAAUUGUGUUUUCAUAGUGUUAUCAUAUUUUUUAUAUCCCCACUAAUUACUGGAAUAAAUGACAUUUACAGCAUAUUUCUAAGAUGCACUUUGACUACAACAGGUUGAAUUCCAUUACACUGAAAAGAUUGUUAUUACAUGCUUACAGUGCUCCCAAAAUAACAAAACAGAACAAUAACCCUAACAAAAUAGACCAAAAGAUAUAUAUAUAUUAACUAUGGCAUGUUCCUUAAGAUAAAGCAGGGGUGUCAAAUUCCCAUCCCCCAAAAUCUGGCCCAUGUCUAAUGUCAAUUCAUACGUAACAAAUUGUAUUAAUUCAAGGACUGAAAUCAUACAAUGGCUACUCUCAAAGCUGAUGGUAGACUGUGAACAUUUUUCGUCUCUGAAUAUUUAUAUAGGUCUUCACUAUUGCAAAAAAUGAUUUUGGAUUUUCAACAGUGGUAAAGCAUGACUGUCCAGUCAAGUCACCUUGAGCUUUGAUCAAAGUAAGGUUGUUCCUUACAUAGUCAAUGGUACAUGAAAGUAAACUUGUUAAAAAGGCCUUUGAUCAGAGAAGUCAUUAUCACAACUGUUAUGUUACCAAUAGAUGUUAUUAUUUCUGACCAAUUCACACCAAAACAACCAAAACACCUAAACAUGAAUUACAAUGAUAUAGAUCAAACUUGGACACACAGAUUUACAACUGACUCCCGGAUCAUUGACAUACAGCAGACUACAGCCCUACAUGCAAAAGAGAUCAAAAAACCCCAGAGGAGCACGGAUGAGGAUGAAGACGACGAUCCCUGGAACAGGGAACUUCAUAGGAAUUCUCUGAUGGCAGCUAGGGACCAGAGGCCAACUCUUUCCAUGAGCCUAAGCAGCUGCUCUUUUGACACACACACUCCAGAUGAGCUCCGAGCUAUUCCUCUGAUCCGAAGUCCUGAGGACUUUCCUGUUGCUGCUCCUUGUCAACCUGUCCCUAUGUUGGUCGCCUAUAAAAAGAUUGUGGAGGUAGAUGAAGAAAAUUUGGUAAAAAGUUCAACGACUCCACCCCCUCCUACCUCCCCAUGUCCAAAGAUGAACAAAACUGCAAAGAACCGUCAGCCAACAGCGCCUGUCAGGAAUGAGAGUCAUUCCAGAGAAAACAGAGGGAUUCCCUCCAGAGCCAGAUCUCCGCAGUCCCAACAACCGGAGACGAGACGCAAGUCAACAUGUUUGAAAGAGGUGGAAAAACUGCAGGAGAAGAGAGAGAGACGCCGACUCCAACAACAGGAGCAAAGAGAGAAGAAGGCUCAAGAGCUUGAUGCCACUGUCCCCAACUAUGAAAUUAUGUGCAUGAUCCGAGAUUUUCGAGCUUGUCUAGACUACAGGCCUUUAACUACUGCUGAUUUGGUGGAAGAGCACAAAAUAUGCGUAUGUGUCAGGAAACGUCCACUAAACAAAAAAGAGUUGGCUAUGAAGGAUUUGGACGUGAUCACCAUUCCAAGCAAGGAUGUUGUGAUGGUGCAUGAACCAAAACAAAAGGUGGACCUUACCCGCUACCUCGAGAAUCAAACCUUCUGCUUUGACUACGUCUUCGACGAUAGCACCACAAAUGAAAUGGUUUACAGGUUCUCCGCCAGGCCUCUUGUAGAGACCGUUUUUGAGAGAGGCAUGGCUACAUGCUUUGCCUAUGGUCAGACAGGCAGUGGAAAAACACAUACCAUGGGUGGAGAUUUCUCUGGGAAAACUCAAGACUGCUCCAAAGGAAUUUAUGCAUUAGCAGCACAGGAUGUUUUUCUGAUGUUGAAGAAAUCAUCCUACAAAUCCUUGGACCUCCAGGUCUACGCCACCUUCUUUGAAAUCUACAUCGGUAAAGUCUUUGAUUUGUUGAAUCGUAAAACCGAGCUGAAGGUGCUUGAAGAUGGGAAACAGCAAGUACAAGUGGUAGGGCUUCAGGAGAAGGAGGUCAAUAGCACAGAGGACGUCCUGAAACUGAUAAAAGUGGGCAAUAGCUACAGAACAUCAGGCAAAACGUCUGCCAAUGCCCAUUCCUCUCGUAGCCAUGCCAUUUUUCAGAUAAUUCUUCGCAGGAGAGGGGAGCUGCAUGGCAAGUUCUCUCUAAUUGACCUGGCAGGGAAUGAAAGAGGGGCCGAUACUUCAAGCGCAGACCGCCAGACUCGUCUAGAGGGAGCUGAAAUCAACAAAAGCCUUCUGGCAUUGAAGGAGUGCAUCAGAGCCCUGGGACAUAACAAGCUCCACACUCCAUUCAGAGGCAGUAAGCUGACCCAGGUCCUGAGAGACUCUUUUAUUGGGGAAAACUCCCGUACGUGUAUGAUUGCAACAAUCUCCCCUGGUAUGACAUCCUGUGAGAACACCCUCAACACACUACGCUACGCCAACAGGGUCAAGGAGCUGACUGUAGAUACAAACCAAGUAAUGGAGGGAGGUCGAAACAACAUUAACCCUGUAAAUCAACUGGACCCCCUGGACGAGGGGUGGCUGUGUCUCUCACCACAGGAAGACAGCAUCAAACUGCUGUGUGGUCAGAAUGAGGAAGAAGUAUCUCCUCAGUUCUUCGUAUACGAUGAUGCCUCAAUGUCUCAGUUGGUGGAGAUAGAGGAGCAAGUCCUGGAGGAACACAGGGCUGUUUUUCAGGAGUCUCUCCGAUGGUUGGAGGAUGAAAAAGUGUUACUGGACAUGACAGAGGACCUGGAUUUUGAUGUUCAGUCUUAUGCCACAAAACUGGAGCUGAUCCUUGCACAAAAGAUUGAAAUCCUCACUGAGCUGCUUGAGAAAGUGAAGUCAUUUCGCUCUGCCCUACAGGAGAAGUAAACCAGCAGACUGUUUAGUUUUGAGGAGCUUCUUCUGGCCAAUGGACUUUGAGCUGGAAAGUGGACUUUGCACAAACAGAAGCAAAACAAUGAAUGGUUGCAUAAAUGUAAUUUUUGAUGGAGAAAUGUGACCUCACACAGCAUCCUGAUGAUGAUGUUGUGUGAGGUCUUUUUUAAAAACUGUGUGAAGGUAGUCUGAUUUCCUUCUGCUAGUUUCUGUGAAAUGUUAUCCCCAUGUUAUCCCCCAGAACAAAUAAAAUCACCCAAUACAUCCCCAUGUCCAAAGGUGAGAAAACUGCACAGAACAAGUGCUACACUGUGGGUUUAAAAUCGCAUUUGUCUUUCCAGCAUGAGAAAAGAAAUAAUUUACACUCAUCACGUGAAAAUAUGCAGUCAGGUGGAAUUUUAGUGAUUUAAGACUGCUGCUGAAAAUGUCCCUACAUUUGCUGUCUUUACCUAUUACUCUUUUAGAGGUGACACUAUUCUCUGAGGUCUGUUAUAGACGGUCACUGAGGCAAAAAAGCAACGUUGCUGUACUUCCUGCUGCAAAGAUGUUCUUUUCUGGUGUAUAAAUUCCAUGCUAGAAGUUUUGAACCAAUCAGAUCUGUCUGAACAGCAUCUAAAUGAAAACAUGGGACAUUUUUUUUGUCUGCAUUAAAGUUCCUGUGGUUUUAAUUUCUGGCUUUUCAAAUUUGGGCUCAGAAUGAGUACUCCUGCAUGUACGAGCAGAUAUAUCUUACAGAUAUGACAGUUCAGAGGGUUUUGUAUAACUGAGUGUAACCUUUGGGC